CGACCCACACGUUUUUUCUGCAGCUCUGAGUCCUGCGCUCAGUUGAAUAGGAGGAAGCGCUGCAUACAGACUUUUUCCUCCCUCAGAGACACACUUCCCCUCUUCACUCCAGCAUAGCUCUUCAGAAGCUGGGGGGUACGAGAAAGAGCAACAUGGAGGGCCUGUCUCUGGUUCUAGAUUUGGUUCUGCUGCUUGGACCAUCCUAUUUGUACACGUCCUCCAUUCCCAGAUAUCCUCCCUCUGCUAAUGCACCAAUGGAACUCUCCAGCAACUAUGAUAUCCCUACCAGCUCUUUUUACAAAACAGGUGAUACCGAAUCUCUAACAGAUACAGAAGAACCCCACAGAACCAUCCAACAGAUCCUUAGUUCCAGUCCUCAAAGCUCAACAGCUAAAGAAGCCUCAGAGUAUGAUAACGCCAACGAACCUGCUCAUUUACGCACCAAUGUUUCUUUCUCAGUCACUCAGUCUUUAGGUGUGAACACCAAUCCAACUGAUUUAUUGCAUCCCGCUGAGCUCAUGGCCAGUCAAGCACCUGUGUCAGAAGGAAGCAGCAUAGAGCUCCAGAGUACAUCAAGUUCAGAACAGACAGAAGCGUUCAGCGGAUCUUCUUUGAUCAGAGACCAGACUGAGUUUAGAGCCAGUAGAUUCACCAUCACCAGGGAUUCUACAGCGGAUCCACAAGUCAUAGGUGACACAGUGGCCUCCACAGAGCUGACCCAUGUCUCAUUUACAGCUAAAUCAGAGUCAGAACACAACAGCAAAUCAACAGUAUUUGCUUCACAGCCCUUCACACCCUUCACAGUACCUGCUGCAGCACACCUGAUACCUGCUUUUAUUACACAGUCACACCCUGACCCCACUGACAGUAAUGGUGAAGUAUUCCAAAAUUCCUCAUCAGCCACAAGCUCCACCCACCAUACAAAGAAAUCUUUGAGCAGGAAAACACCUAUAACUAGACUUAUGAACAUAACUGAAAUGAUGACUGCAGUAACACUGUUGAGCAAAUUUGUGACAACACGUGCAACAAAUCGUGUAAGAACACCUGUGACAACACCUGUGAUACAACCUGAAAGCACACCUGUGACAACACCUGUGACUGAACCUGCAAGCACAACUUUGAUAAAACCUGCAAUCACACCUGUGAAAACACUUGUGAUUGAACCUGCAAGGACACCGGUGACAACAUCUUUGAUAAAACCUGCAAGCACACCUGUGACAACACCUGGGACUGAACUUGCAAGAACACACGUGGCCAAAUCUGGAACCAAACCUGUCAAGACACCUAUUACCACACAUGCAACUAGACCUGUGACCACACCUGACACAACACCUAUAGCCAUUGCUGUCACCACACCUGUGACCACACCUGGAAAUGCACCUAUGAACUCAAGUAUGACCAAAUAUACAAGCACACCUGAAACUACAUCAGCAAGUACACCUAUGACCUUACUUGUGACCAUACCUGCAAGCAAACCUGUAGGUGUGGUCACAUCUACAAAUCUGGUCAGAGAUUUGGUCAAACCUGACACUAAAUCUGCAACCAAAUAUGUGAGCACAGUCAAGACUCAACCUGGGAUCACUUCCAUGAAAACACUUGUAACCCAAUCAGUGCCUACACCUGUGACAACACAAGUGGAGAUCCCUGUGACCAAACCUGGAAUAACACCUAAACCUGCAACAAUACCUGUGACUUCAUCUGAGACCAAACCUGUGACAAUACCUGUGACUUCAUCUGAGACCAAACCUGUGACAGUACCUGUGACUUCAUCUGAGACCAAACCUGUGACAGUACCUGUGACUUCAUCUGAGACCAAACCUGUGACUGUACCUAUGACUUCAUCUGAGACCAAACCUGUGAAAGUCCCUGUGACUUCAUCUGAGACCAAACCUGUGACAAUACCUGUGACUUCAUCUGAGACCAAACCUGUGACAAUACCUGUGACUUCAUCUGAGACCAAACCUGUGACAGUCCCUGUGACUUCAUCUGAGACCAAACCUGUGACAAUACCUGUGACUUCAUCUGAGACCAAACCUGUGACAGUCCCUGUGACUUCAUCUGAAACCAAACCUGUGACAAUACCUGUGACUUCAUCUGAGACCAAACCUGUGACAAUACCUGUGACUUCAUCUGAGACCAAACCUGUGACAGUCCCUGUGACUUCAUCUGAGACCAAACCUGUGACAAUACCUGUGACUUCAUCUGAGACCAAACCUGUGACAGUCCCUGUGACUUCAUCUGAAACCAAACCUGUGACAGUCCCUGUGACUUCAUCUGAAACCAAACCUGUGACAAUACCUGUGACUUCAUCUGAGACCAAACCUGUGACAAUACUUGUGACCACACCUGUAACCAACCCUGUGACAACAAUUAUGUACAAACUGGGAACCACACACAUGACCAAACCAGUAACAAAGCCUGUUACAAAACCUGUGGACAAACUGACAACCACAUCUGAAACCACUCGUUUUACCUCACCUGUGACCAAACGUCUGUUUAAAACUGUCUCAAGACAUUUAACAACACCUGCUACGGUUCGGACUACACAUGCAACAUCUGCAAAAACUGUCACAACCAUGAACUUGUCUAAAAAAACUCCUGCAAUCACACAUGGAGAUAAUCAACAGGUAGCUAAAACACCUACACCUACUUCAUUAAAUAGUUCAUCUGUAGCCAAAAGUAAGACUCAAGCUUUUACACCUUCAACACCACUUUUGGUCACUACGCCUUCUACAACAAGAAAAACGACCACAGGAACUGCCAUCAGCACAACCCUCCAGCCUCCUUUGAGUACAACUACAGUUCCAGCCACUGUUAAGGUUCACACAUCAAGGGGACCCAGAUGUUCUCCACAAGUGACAGAGAUCAGCACCAGUUCAGAGUCAGCAAUUCUCCUGUUGACCAGCACCAGUUUGUCUUGUGAAUUCAGCGCUGUCAUCAACUCACCUUCCUCACCUGGCGUCUUUCAAUGUGAGCUGAAUGGGAAAAACAGCAGCAUGUUCAUCUGCCACAUCAGCAACUUGGAACCAGGAACUCUGCACCAGGUGACUGUGAUCUCCAAGAAGGAUGGAGGGCAAAGCAGCACCUACAUGAGGACAGCUCCCUCUGCUGCAGUCCACCUGCAGGUGGCAUCCUCUUCCUCUGAGAAAAUUAAGGCAUCUUGGCAGGCUGGUGCUGGACGGUUGGAGAAAUUUAGGGUUCUGCUAAUGGACUGGAAUGGAGUUCUUCUGCAAAACAUCACUGUGAAGAAUACCACCACGUCUGUUGACUUUGAGAGUUUGGAGCCGGGUACUCGAUACACCAUCACCGUGGUGGCAGAGGCUGCAGGCCUCAAGAGUUCCACCUCCACUGAUGCUAUCACAGCGCCUGGCCUGCCAUCUGCUUUCUCCAUGUCCAUCAAUAGCCGCACUGUGCGACUCAGCUGGAAACCCCCCAGAGGAAACUUUGACAACUACAAUGCCCUGGUCCUAGAUGGCACCACCAUUCUUCUGAACCAGACUGUCAGCAAGCUAAGCAGCGAGCUUGUCAUUUCUGUUGAUACACUUGGCCUGGUGCCUGGACGCCUUUACACAGCAGAGCUCACUGUGCACUAUGGCAUUCUGGGUAACACGACACGUUGCAGCAGCAGACUGGCACCUCGGCCUGUGGAGAUGCUGCACUUGCGCCACUCUGACGAGACAUCUUUGAGUGUCCAGUGGAUUCAUCCCGUUGGACAGUGGGAUGGCUUCUUGGUGUUCCUCACAGAGGACCUCUCCACUGCUAUUUCUCAGAGGAUCCUCAGGCUGGAUGCCAGAGACUGCACCUUCACCAGCCUCACUCCAGGACGCCGUCACACUGUCACUGUGGUAACCAGAAGCGGCAACCUGAGCAGCUUAGCUUCGGUGAUGGCGUGGACCACUCCAGCUCGGGUUGGUCACAUCCAAGUUUUUAGUCUGGGCAGCACCAACAGUCUGCAGACACUGUGGGAACCAGCCUCUGGAGACCUAGACUGGUAUCAGGUUCUGCUGGUCCAUGAUAGCAGUGUCAUCAAGAAUGAGAGUGUUGGAGUGAACACCAGCCAUGUUGUCUUCCAAGAACUGAAACCAGGAGCUCUGUACAAGGUGGUGGUCACCACAGUGAGGGCCGGACUUACUUCCAAACAAGCUGUGGGAGAGGGCCGCACAGUGCCAGCUGCAGUCACAGACGUACGGGUCAGUAACAAUGGCCGGACAAAUUUUCUGACCGUGUCCUGGGGCCAGGCUGCAGGUGAGGUAGACAGUUACCUGGUGACUCUAGCAGACCAGGACAGGACGCUCCACACUGUAGCUGUCUCCAAAUCCAACCCCAGCUGCAUCUUUAAUUCGCUGGUUCCUGGACGGCUUUAUAACAUUUCCAUCACCAGCUGCAGUGGGCGCUACCAGAACAGCACCUUCAUCCAGGAGAGAACCCAGCCAGCCAUGGUGCAAAGCCCGACUGCGACCCACAGCGCGAGGGACGACUACCUGAAAGUGUACUGGCGACAUGCUGCCGGAGACCUAGACCGGUACCAAGUGUUCAUCAAACACAACAACACCCUCCUUCAGAAUAAGACACUGCCAAAGGUGCAGAGUGAGUGCGUGUUCAUGGGCCUGACACCUGGACGCCUGUACACAGUGCUGGUGAAUACCUGGAGUGGGACGUAUGAAGCCAGUGCCUCUACCUUUGGACGGACCCUGCCAGCCCCGGUUAGAUCUCUGACUCUAACAGGGUCAGGGACAAAGGAACUGUGGGUGUCAUGGCUGCCGGCUCAAGGUGACGUGGAUCACUAUGAGGUGCAGCUGCUGUACAGCGACAUGAAGGUGUUUCCACCUGUCACUCUGGGCAGCAAUGUAGGGGAGUGUGUCCUGACAUCGCUUACACCCGGACGACUUUACAAGAUUCUGGUGUCCACCUUCAGCGGUCCCAACCAGAGAGCCCACUUCAUUGAAGGCCGUACAGUUCCCAGUAAGGUAAAGAACAUCCAUGUGAGUAAUGAAGGGGGCAGCAGCACCCUGAAGGUGAGCUGGACUCCAGGACAUGGCGACGUGGACGGGUACUCUGUAUUCCUGUCCCAAGGAGACCGAGAGCUAAGUGUGCGCGUCAUCCUCAAACAGCAAAAUGAGUUGACGUUUGAUUCUCUACAGCCGGGUCAGCUGUACAGUAUCGUAGUUCAGUCUGUGAGCGGGCAGCUUAUGAACAACCACAGCGCCACUGGCCGCACAGUCCCGUUGUCCGUCACAGGGCUGCAGGUGGAUCCCCUUCAGAGCACCUGCAGCCUCCAAGUGAGCUGGCACGAAGCAUUGGGCAUUGCAGAUGGCUACAUCCUGCAGGUCCUAGAUGACAGAGGAAGCCUGGUCACAAAUGCCUCACAGCCUUUUGGACUCACACAUCACAGGUUUAAAGGCCUUGAACCAGGCAAGAAUUACCAAUUAUUGGUCCAGACCACCAGCGGAGGCAUCAACAGCCCAGGGGUCAGCAUCAAGGCUCGAACAUGGCCUGCCGCCAUCACCAGCCUGUCCAUAAAAACCAGCACCACCACCAGCUUGACCUUUCACUGGUCACCACCAGAGGGAGACUUUCAACUUUACGAGAUCUUUUUGUAUAAAAACGACAACUCCCUGCAGGAAAGUCGGCGUUUGCAGAUCAGCAGUCAGCAGUGUUCCUUUCAGGGUCUCCGUCCUGGGGCUUCUUAUCGGAUGGUGAUUGUGAUCCACAGUGGCACACAGACCAACCAGACUUCCAUGUGGGCCAGAACAGUGCCAGCCGCGGUGGUAUCUCUGAAGGCUAGCAGUGGUAACCAGUCAGACCGUCUGUGGGUGACCUGGAAUCAUGGUUGUGGGGACGUGAGCGGGUACCUGCUGUCUCUCUACAAUCCUGAUGGCUCCAAGCAGGCUGAGCAUCAGCUGGGCUCAGAUUCCACAGAGUUUGUCUUCUCAGGCCUUGUACCGGGCCGACAGUACCAAGCUGAGGUGCUGAGUCUGAGUGGAGAACUCCACAACCGAGCCAGCACCAACGGCCGGACGGCUCCUAAACCGCCCGCAUCUUUCCUGUUUGGGGGGGUCACCAACACCUCCUUGGAGAUCACCUGGAGUGGGCCCGUGGGGUCAGACUAUGAUGACUUUGACCUGCAGUGGGACCCUCAUGACCAGCUGUCUGUUGUGAACCCCUAUCACAGCCGGAUAUCCGGCAGUCGUAUCCUGACAGGACUGUUCCCUGGACGGCUUUACAGCUUCAGCCUUCGCACUGUCAGUGGGGCCACACAGCCAGGGGCCGUGGUCACCCACAGCAUCCCCAUCUACAACAGCAUCCGAACCAGACCAGGGCGAGUCCUCGGCCUCCAUUGCCGGCCCCAAAGCUCUACUUCCAUCUCCUGCUCAUGGACACCCCCAGAGGCUGAUUUUGACUCCUACAACAUUGAGUGUGUUCAUCAGGACUCCCGCACCGUUGUCUACUCUCGGCGCACUGGGAAGGACUCCACCAGCUAUGUCAUUACUCAGCUAGAUCCCCACAGACACUAUACAGUCUAUGUAAAGGUCAUCUCUGCUGGGACCACCAGCAGUGAGGUAGAGGACAGCAUAGUCACCAUGAUUGAUCGUCCUCCCGCACUCCCCAUUGGUACCCGGGUCAGUGAGAGGUCCACUGUUGUUUCCACAUGCUCCAUCUUGUUUUCGUUUAACUGCAGCUGGUUCAGUGAUACCAAUGGCGCUAUCAAGUUCUUUACUGUGGUGGUGACAGAGUCUAAGGGUGUGGAAGAUGUUCUGCCCGACCAGUAUCACCCACUACCUUCUUACAGGGACUACAUCUCCAACAGCUCCAUCAAGUCUUACCAGACCAGUUACUUCUCCAGUUACUGCUCAGAGAGCCUUGACAGCAAUGCCCAUGUCUUCAACAUCAGCCUGGGGUCAGGCAUGGAACCACUGGGGGGACCCUGUGAGCCCAGCAGUGACCUAAACCAGUUCUGUGAUGGACCACUGAAGCCCAGGACCUCCUACAGGCUCAGCAUCCGAGCUUUCACUCAGCUCUUCCAUGAAGAUUCAAAGGACAUCGGCACCUUCAGUCCUCUGUUCACAGACACGUAUCUGUCUCUGCCCAUUGUCACUGAGACUGAAAGUCUGAACGGGGUGAUUGGAGGCAUCAGCGCUGGACUUUUCCUCAUCGCAGUGGUCGUGGUUAUCACCGCUCUGUUGGUUUGCAGGCGCAGGGUUGGCAGAGUGGGUGAGGAGAGGCCUGUUUUUGGAAUGAGUCAGAGAAGAGAGAGACUUAGUACAGGAACCCAGCUGGGUAUCAGAGGAAACAGAAGAACCUCUAGCAGUCCCAUCAGGAUCAUGAACUUUGAGUCCCACUUCAACAAACUGCAAGCAGACUCCCACUAUCUUCUCUCAGAAGAGUAUGAGGACCUGAAGGAUGUUGGUCGGAAUCAGCCUCUGGACUCAGCACUGCUGCCAGAGAACCGUGGGAAGAACCGGUACAAUAACAUUCUUCCCUAUGACUCCACCAGGGUGAAGCUCUCCUAUGUGGACGAUGAUCCCUGUUCAGACUACAUCAACGCAAGCUACAUCCCAGGCAAUAAUUUUCGCCGGGAGUACAUUGCCACACAGGGUCCACUGCCAGGAACUAAAGAUGAUUUCUGGAAGAUGGUGUGGGAACAGAACGUCCACAACGUGGUCAUGGUCACGCAGUGUGUGGAGAAAGGCAGAGUAAAGUGUGACCACUACUGGCCCUUUGAUCAGGACCCGCUGUACUACGGAGAUCUGAUUGUGCAGAUGCUUUCAGAGUCGGUGCUGUCAGAGUGGACGAUCCGAGAGUUCAGAAUCUGCAGCGAGGAGCAGCUUAGCUUCAGCCGUUUGGUUCGGCAGUUUCAUUACACGGUGUGGCCCGAUCACGGCAUUCCUGACAACACCCAGUCCCUCAUCCAGUUUGUCCGAACAGUGCGGGACUACGUCAACAGGUCACCUGGUUCUGGUCCCACUGUGGUCCACUGCAGUGCGGGAGUUGGCCGUUCAGGGACUUUUAUUGUCUUGGAUCGAGUGCUACAGCAGCUGGAUGUCAGGGACACAGUGGACAUCUACGGGGCUGUAUUUGAUCUGCGACUCCACCGCUCACACAUGGUGCAGACUGAGGGUCAGUACUCUUACCUUCAUCACUGUGUUCGAGAUGUCCUGAGAGCCCGGAAGCUGCGCAAUGAGCAGGACUGCCUCCAUACCCCCCUGAGAAUAUAAAUCCAGAGAUGGUGAGGCAGCCCACCUGCUGAGACGCUGCAGAGAAAAACCUUCAUAUUUUUAUUUUCAUAUGCACACAUGUUCAUGUGUUUUUGUCUGCACUAAACCUUUCACUUAUUUAUGUUCCCUGUGAAAAAGUGGCAAUGCGUUACUUUCCUGUGUGACUGCACUCACUUCAGUCAGCAUAAAGUACUUUCUUUCAGCACUGUCCUGUGUAGGUGUGUGUAUUCGUGUGGGUGUGUGGGUGUGUGAGGGUGCGCACUUCGGUGUGAUUGUAAUACAAACAAUAGUGUCUGAAGCUCAAUAAAUACACAGCACGUGAACAGA